AUGAAAUAUAAAGUUGAUGAUUCAAAGUUAUUCAAAGAUUAUUAUGAAGGUUGUAUACGCAUUGCAUUUUCAUCGAAUGAUGAUCAAUUAUUGUAUAGUGCAGGAUUACCAGAUUUAAAUUUGCCUGUGUGGUAUAUACUGUCGACAUCAGUGGAUGAACAACACGGUUAUCUAAGUAUUGAUGUCGCUUCAAGAACGCAUAUUCUUGCAACUGGUUUAGUAAAUGGUGAAGUAUGGUUAUAUAAUGUACAGAAUAUGUCUACACCAAUUCAUUGUAUCUCUAUUGGAUCAGGUAAUCAUUCUAUUCGUCUACUUUCAUUCUCAUCCACUUUACGAGCUGAUCUAAAUGACGUAGGCUUUAUUAAUAAUAAUAAUAAUACAUUAUGCAAUUUAUCAACUUCUCAAAUAACCAAUAAAAAUUCUUACAGUACAUCAAUGAAUAGUACUCACCUAACAUGUAGUAAUAGCCAAAUUCGUCAACCUUUAAGCGAAUUAACUAAUACAAUACAACAAAAACAACGGGAAAAACAGAACAGUCUAAAUCACUAA